GCGACAAACACCAAAUAUUGCUUGAGCGAUAAUAGCUAUACCAAAAACAUAAACUAAUUCGCCCCAGAGCUGUGUAUGUAAUGAAAUCCGAUUUAAGGAGAUUUAACUUUUUGUUCGCAAUCCUUGAAUUUCGUCUCGAUCGAGUCUUCCCUCGGUCUCCGUAGCGACGUUCCUAUCAUGUGACCAGCUUAAUCUCCGUGUUUUGUGCAAUAUGGCUAUCGGUAUUUAGACACUAUAUGGAUCCACUAUUGUAGAAGAUAUCCUUUUGUUUUAGAGUAAUUUAUGGAUUUAUCUAAAAUAAGUUAGAUAGUAGUAGUUAGUGAAAAGAAAGUGUCCAUGAUGGCAGCUACGACAACGUUGCCAAAGAUCACCCGUACCACCCCCCUCGCCACACCCGUCCCUCCCUCAAUACAGCGCUCCAACACUAUGUACGGGGCAUACCCUCCACGGGAACUCUCCAGCUCCAUGAGCCUGGUCCGUAUACCCCCUAGGGUCAACCCCCUGGCCCCACCCCCGCCCCGUAAAAGAAUCCAGGACCACUGGGAAACUGUGGAACAACACUGGCAUAAUGACCAGAGGCGGAUCUUAAUGCAACAAAGGGAACACCAGCGAUACCACUCGGCCUGGGCUAAGGCCUUCUAUGGGGCACCUGCCGAGAAGGAGCAGUAUAGGAAACAUUUCCGGGACGUACUUAAACAGCAGAUGGCGGAUCAAGAUCUUGGUAAGAGCCUCGCUUUCAAAGAAAAAUGUCUGGAAAGCACGCAGUCCAUUGCCUAUGACAACGACUGCCGACAAAAAGACCUAGAUGCCUUCAUCAAGAAACAUAACUACUUACAAAACUUCAGGGAUGGAAACAAAGAUAUGAUGGAGAAAAAAUGGCAAGAGUCACGAACAAACAGGUUUUUAGAGCAACGAAUCGACCGAGAACGGCUCCGAUAUAACCCCAUCAACUGGUCCUGUAGCCUCAAAUGAUUCCCAUCUAAUGCUCACAUUUUAACUUCAUCUUUAGCAAACUAAGAGGGCAUUAUUUGCAAAUAAUGCACCAUUGGAUUUUAUUAAUUGUAAUACAGUCCCAAGGGUUUUUGAAUAUACAGAUACAUGCUUUCUAUAAAAUUACUUCACCGUUAUCCAUCACUGGGUUUCUUUGACUGAUAAUUAUAAAGAUUACUGAAGACGUUUAAAAAAUUCAUUAAAAAACAUUCACAGCACAAUUUACAAGAUUUCACAUUUCUAAGCAUAACACCUCUCGUGUGACAGCUAGUGGUCUCUUUUUCAGUGAGACUUGUAUUUCUUAAAAAAAUUCACAACAUUUAUAUUCAUUAUAGAUCUAUGUUUUUUUUUAUGCCUGAUGAUAAAUCUUUGUUUCUCUUACUGCUGAUAUUUGUAUGAAGUGUUUUACACCGUCAGUUCUGAUAACUUGUAUGAUGCAGUCAGCAUCGGACAUUGUGUGCUAGCGUGCGUGUCUUUUUAGAUGUGAAUUCAUCCUCCAAAAUUUGCUCAAUUCAUUUCUUUUUAUAUAUACAUUGCAAGACUAAAAAAAAAAUCACACUAUACUAUACUCUGACUGUUGAAAUUGUCUACGGUUUUAUUUGAGUAUUUCGUGUGCUUUGAAGUCAUCGUCUGUCCAGAGUUGUCGAUCCUGAAAGAAAAGAACGACUUCUCUGGAUAGAGAUUGCUAUUUUGUUCGUCAUUUUUUGUGUUAUGAACACGGAAAUAUUUUGACCAUGUGAUAUCUAUUACUGUGAUGAACAAAAGUAUUUAUCGUAUGUUAUUGCAUGUUAUCAUCGCCUGCAUAUACAUGUAUUGUUAUCAGUAUUAUAACUUGAACUAUUUUAUUUUUUGUUUUAUUUUAAUAUUAUCAAGUGCAGAGUAUUUGUAUUUAUUUUUGU